UUCCGUGCAAUUAGGAUGCGAAUCACCUCAAGUAGACCUAUAUAAAGUGAUUUGUGUUAUGAACAACACAAUUUUAAAGUACAGUGAUGUCAUUGCAGCGAAUUUUCAUCCUAAUGAGUUGUUUUUAAAUCGUUUUGCACUCUAAAGAAUUUUUUUCCUGAAGUUUAACAAUAUGAUUUUAUUGCUAAUCUACGAAAUAGCGUUGGUAGUAUGGUGUGCAAGCAGUUAUGAGAAUGUGGCAUUCAGCAAACCAACAUGGCAAUCACAGCAAUAUAAUCCUGGAAAUGCUUUGUUCAACUCCAGUAACGCAGUAGAUGGUAAAAAAUCAAACCUCAAAGCUUGGGGAGGAGAAUGUGUUAUAUCAGCCGCUAGGUAUAGAACUGCCACUUGGUGGGUGAAUCUGGAAUCAGUAUACAGCAUCCAUGACAUAAGAAUUUAUUAUAGGACAGAUAAUGCUGUGUGGGAUGCAACAAACGGCUACACAAGAAGAUUUCUUGGAUUUUAUGUUUAUGUGUCAAACACAACUAACCGUCUUGAAGGCUACUUAUGUUUCCAUGAUACCAACUACACAAGGGCAACUAUACCGUCAAUUGCCAAUAUAACCUGUCCUGUACACGGCCAAUACGUCAUCUAUUUCAAUGAGAGACUUCGUGGCACCAGUUAUCCAUCUGGAUAUUCAAUAUACGCUUUUAAUGAACUUUGUGAGGUGGAAGUAUACGGUUGUAUACCUGGCUUUUAUGGCUUGGACUGUUUCAUCCCCUGUCCUGAGAACUGUCGUUAUUGUCACAUAGAGACUGGGGUGUGUUCCUGGUGUAAACCUGGAUAUCAGGGCUAUCAAUGCGAAAAUGAAUGCGAUGGUGGUAGGUAUGGACAGGAUUGUGGACGGAUCUGCAGAACGUGUCUGGAAAAUACACAAUGCAAUUACAUCAAUGGUUCGUGUCUUGAAGGCUGUGACGCUGGGUACGAAGGAACAUUAUGUGAUAGUGAAUGUUCUGCAGAAUAUUUUGGAUAUAAUUGUGAAAAUAAAUGUAACGACAACUGUGGUGUACCAAACAAAUGUAACAAGACGACGGGUGAAUGUGAAGGUGGAUGUCAGGCAGGUUGGAAGGGCCUCCUUUGCAGUGAGCAAUGUGAUGAUAACAGAUAUGGACAGGAUUGUGGACAGAUAUGUGGAGCGUGUCUAGGAUAUAAACAAUGUCACUACAUCAAUGGGUCUUGUCUAGAAGGAUGUGAUGCUGGAUAUGAAGGAAACCUUUGUACAAUGGGUUGUUCAACUGGAAAGUUUGAAAAAGACUGCAGUGAAAAUUGCAGCGUUAAUUGUGUGGUAGCUACAGUAUGUCACAGUGUUACAGGAGAAUGUCCGAAUGGAUGUCAGCCUGGUUGGGAAGGGAACCAUUGCGAAAGGCUUCAAGUAGAGGAUAAAGAAAACUGCCACCCAAGCUUUUAUGGCAUCCUUGGCGCAUUUUUGGUAUCUGUUACAGCCAAUGUCGUCUUCAUUGCUUAUAUCUUGCUUAAGAGAAAAAAUGAGAAAAGAAUGACUGAACCAACAAUUGAAGAAAAGUUCAAUAAUGAGAAAAGAAAACCGAGUGACAUUUAUGAAAAUUCGGAUAAAAAUGUCACUGGAGAUUACCUGGAACUAGGCGAGUUGGAGAACCACUCUCAUUAUGAUGCACUCCAGUAGCUGGGACUGGAAUAAAGGAGUUGGAUACGACG